AUGACCGAAGCGAGACUGCAACGGUAUGCUUUAUUUCUUGCUGCCUAUAAUUAUAAAAUUGAGUUCAUUAAUAGUGAAUCUAAUGUAGCUGAUUAUUUGAGUCAGUUUCCCAUUGAUUGUGAUUCGUCGCAGGAUACGGCGAACGUAAAUGACGUCACCAGUUAUGUUAACGCGCUAACGGCUGCUGGCGCGCCACUGCCCGCUUCAUUAGACGAGUUGCGGGCAGCCUUUCAUAAAGAUAAAGUUCUGUCACUUGUCAUGCAAUAUGUGACCAAAUCGUGGCUACGGAUAGUGUCAUCAGAACUUUUGCCAUAUAAUAGAUGCCAGUAUGAUGUUGAUAGCGGAGUUCUCAUGAGAGGUCACAGAAUUGUAGUGCCUACUGUUUAUAAGGCUGCUGUGCUACAAGAACUGCAUGCUGCGCACUUAAGAGUAAUUAAAAUGAAAAUGAUUGCUAGAGAGCGCUGUUGGUACCCGGGUAUCGACAGUGACAUAGAAAAUAUGGCUUCUAACUGUAGUCGUUGCAUAUCCUUGCGACCGUCUCCUGCGAAAGCGCGCUUGGAGUCGUGGGGGUGGCCUGACUCUGUUUUCGAAAGAAUCCAUUUAGAUUACCUCGGCCCAAUUCAUGGAAAGAUUUUUCUUGUACUAGUCGAUGCGCAUAGUAAAUGGAUCGAAUGCGAAUUAAUGUCAAAUUUUUUAUCAAAAGCGCUUAUCAGUAAAUUAAAAAAAAAUUCACGUUUCGGCAUUCCCAAUAAAAUAGUCACAGACAAUGCUAAAACCUUUGUUUCUUCUGAAUUUUCUAAGUACUGUACUGAUAAUGAAAUAACUCACAUUUUAUCUCCUGCGUACUCGCCACAGAGUAAUGGACUCGCUGAGAACACAGUAAAGACUUGUAAACGGUUUAUUGUUAGUGCUGUCAAGGACUGUGGUUUUAAAGAUUUCCCUAACCACUUAGAUAACUAUUUGUUUCACUAUCGGAAUACACCGCAUUGUACGACGGGAGUAUCACCUACAUCGCUUAUGUUCGGUCGGAAUUUACGUUGUAAACUUGAUUUAAUCGCUGUUAAGCGCUCAAAUUCAGAUCAAAAAUCUCUAAUAAAUAAAAAUGUGUUAGUGAAUAAAAAUCGUCAAAAAUUAUGUUUUAGUGGUAAAAUUAAAGCAUUUUCAAUUGGGGAAAAAGUUUGGGUACGAGACUGUCGAGCUAAUCCAAAAAGACCAACAUGA